GCAAGCUGCAGCAGCUGUAAGCUGUAGCAAAAGGCUUGAGAAAUUCGUUCCUCCUUGUUCACGCAAUUCUCUCUCUUUCUCUCUCUCUACACGGCGCGUUCCUCUUGCUUUCGAUAUCGCUGAAAGGGCGCCGCAGCCACUUCCAUCCCUGUAAAAUCUCCAUCGUCCCUUCUUCUUCUUCUUCUUCUUCCUUCUUCGAUACCCUUUUUGUCGUCCCAUCGAUUCUCGCCCCCCGUUCUCGUCCGCCAUGGACUCCGCCGUCUCGUCCCCAUCCUCCCGGUCCUCUUCGUUCGGUGAACCGAUCCGCACGUCUCUCUUCUGCUUUCCAUCUCCGCAUCCGCAUUUCCCGCCGUCAAGUUAUCGUCAAGAAAGCGAAAACGGCGGUAAUCGGUCCGCUUUGAUUGCGCGAGAUUUCAGUUGCCUCCCAGUGUUCCGGCGUCCUCUCUUGCGCGCGCGCGCGUGUCUGAGAAUCGGAACGACUCGCCACCCACCCGUAUUCGACGGAACGAUUUAGUUGGGAUCUUGCUUUCGUAUAGGUUGGGAGAGAUAUGUCUCUGAGGAUAAAGGCGGUGGUGGACAAGUUCGUGAAUGAGCUGAAGGAAGCCCUGGAUGCUGACAUUCAAGACCGCAUCAUGAAGGAGAGGGAGAUGCAGAGUUACAUCGAGGAACGCGAGCGUGAGGUUGCCGAGCGUGAAGCUGCUUGGAAGGCCGAGCUUUCUCGUCGCGAGGCAGAAAUCGCCCGACAAGAAGCAAGACUGAAAAUGGAGAAAGAAAACCUCGAGAAAGAGAAGAGUGUUCUGAUGGGUACCGCAUCUCAAGACAAUCAAGAUGGAGCUCUUGAAAUCACUGUGAGUGGCGAGAAGUAUAGAUGCCUCAGGUUUUCCAAGGCUAAGAAAUGAGGCCUUCAAAUGAGAAUCCCUACGCAUCAGGAACAAAGAUGUUCUGCCAUUUGAAGCCAUAGCGAUAAAUUGCUCACAUGGGAACUUGUCUCUAGAUUGGCAUUGUUCAUGUACAGUGGUUUCUCAUCCACAGAAUUGGUAAUGUUUCUUGAAGCAUGGUUGCUGAAUGUUAUUUCUCAGGAGUCAAGGGAAGGUGGCGCGAAGGCCUGAACAAUGCAAUGCGCCAUUCCUGUCAUCUUCUUAUGAAGCCGAAUCUUCCAUUGCCGAAUCUUCAACUCCCGAAAAAAAAGUAUGCAGCUUUUUAAGUAAAUGGCCUAUCGUGACUUCAUAAGGAGGCAAGGGCGACGGUCUCUUCCAAUAAUUUCAGUUCGUUAGAAGAAUGAAAUAUUUACUGAUGCACCCCAACUACAUUCAUAUGUAUAGAAUACAUAUAUAAUUUUUCA